UUAGUGUUACUGGUUGUGUUUUUCUGAAUGUGAAACGCGGAAACAGUUGUGAAAAAAAUAAAGAAAAUGUGGUGUGUGCAUGUUAUAUCUAGUCCAAGUGAGUGUCUUCUUCCUUUCACCAAAUCACAAAAUGGGGAAUGUUCGAACCGCACGCUUUGGCACCGGAGGUAACACACGCUUCCGCUUCUCCUUCACAGUCUUGGCCUCCGCAAUUUCCAUUGCUCUCUGCGUUUUAUUCACUUUCUCUAUUCUCUUCACCAUGCGUUCUUACUCCACUCAUCACCACAACACUGGUUCUGAUUGGGGUGAACAUAGAUUUGAAUCAAUAAGGAGAUCCAUGCUUGCUAUGAAUAAGGAUCCCCUGAAGCCACGGUUGGAUCAUAUUCGUAAGCAAACUGAAGAUCAUCGUGCUCUAGCUCUGGUGUAUGCAUCCUAUGCAAGGAAGCACAAACUUGAGAGUUCCAAGCUUGUAAGGACUUUUUCUGAACUCUCGGGGGACUUCUCAGGUCUUAUGAACAAACCCCAAUACAGUUCCCUUUUCACCUCUGAUGCGAGUCCAAUUGAUGAAUCGGUGCUUCACAAAUUGGAAAAGGAAGUGAAGGAGCGAAUUAAGAUCUCACGCCAACUGAUUGGUGAAGCCAAAGAGUCCUUUGAUAAUCAGCUCAAGAUUCAAAAGUUAAAGGAUACGAUUUUCGCCGUGAAUGAGCAAUUGACGAAAGCAAAGAAGCAGGGAGCUUUUUCUAGCUUGAUUGCAGCCAAGUCAAUCCCCAAAAGCCUGCAUUGUCUUGCGAUGCGGUUGAUGGAGGAAAGGAUUGCGCAUCCAGAGAAGUAUUCGGAUGAUGGAAAGCCUACUCCUUCAGAGUUUGAAGAUCCUAAUUUGUACCACUAUGCUAUUUUCUCUGAUAAUGUUAUUGCAGCUUCAGUGGUGGUCAAUUCGGCAACAAAGAAUGCGAAGGAACCGUGGAAGCAUGUGUUUCAUGUUGUGACGGAUAAGAUGAAUCUUGGAGCGAUGCAAGUGAUCUUUAAGUUGAAAGAUUAUAAUGGAGCACACAUUGAGGUUAAGGCAGUUGAAGAUUACAAGUUCCUGAAUUCUUCUUAUGUGCCUGUGCUUCGGCAGCUGGAGUCUGCUAACCUGCAGAGGUUUUAUUUUGAAAACAAGCUUGAGAAUGCCACAAAGGACUCGACAAAUAUGAAGUUUAGGAAUCCUAAAUAUUUGUCAAUAUUAAACCACUUGAGAUUCUACUUGCCAGAAAUGUAUCCAAAGCUGCAUAGAAUUUUGUUUUUGGAUGAUGACAUAGUGGUUCAGAAGGACCUUACUGGUUUAUGGAAGAUUGAUAUGGAUGGCAAGGUGAAUGGAGCUGUAGAAACAUGUUUUGGGUCAUUCCAUAGAUAUGCACAAUACAUGAAUUUCUCACAUCCCUUGAUUAAAGCAAAGUUCAAUCCAAAGGCAUGUGCAUGGGCUUAUGGGAUGAAUUUCUUUGAUUUGGAUGCUUGGAGAAGGGAAAAAUGCACAGAAGAGUAUCAUUACUGGCAGAAUUUGAACGAAAAUCGGACCUUGUGGAAAUUGGGGACAUUGCCACCAGGUCUAAUUACAUAUUACUCAACAACAAAGCCAUUGGACAAGUCAUGGCAUGUUCUGGGGCUUGGUUAUAACCCAAGCAUUAGCAUGGAUGAUAUCACGAAUGCUGCAGUGGUGCACUUCAAUGGUAACAUGAAACCAUGGCUUGACAUUGCAAUGACUCAAUUCAAGCCCCUUUGGACAAAGUAUGUUGAUCAUGAGUUAGAGUUUGUCCAGGCCUGCAAUUUUGGCCUUUGAACGGUCAUGGCUUGUUGCUGCUGUGUCUACUGCCACAAGAAUGAUUUGCCAAAUAGCUUUCAUAUUCAAAGGUUAUACAUUAACGAACAUCCAAACUGACGCAGGAAAAGUCCUUGCCUCUUAUCAAUUGUAAAAUAUUUGUUUAGUAUAGUAGUUCUCGUUUUUCUUUUUGUUAAUAUAUAAUGUCUACAAUAUAAUGUUAUUUAAUAGAUGCUGAUUCUGCUAAAAGUUAAUGAAUUUAGUGUUGCUACUUCCAAUUUUCCUUGAACUGUUUUUUUUCUCUCAAAGUGGGAACUUCGCAUUGUUUGUCAGCUUCUUUCCUUCAUCAAUUUGAAGCAUAUGGAAAUAAUUUGCCUGUUCAUUCCCCCCGUGUGA